AUGUCACAUGACUCUCGUUCCGUGGAGUCUCGCGAUGAGAGCUCGUCGUUUAAGAGAAAAAGGAUUUGCAAAUGGAGGUGGCAGGAGUAGUCUCUUUUUGAACGACUAAAAGGUACAGAUUUGCCAUGUCUGAAUCUCUGUAUGAGAAGUUUUUGGCCCCGGAGGAGCCUUUCCCUCUCCUCUCCCAAAGAGCCAACCUGAGUGAUGUGGGAACCCUGGAUGUCAGCGAUUUUGGCUGUCAGCUAUCAUCGUGUCACAGGACGGAUCCUCUGCACCGCUUUCACAGUAACAGGUGGAACCUUACUUCCUGUGGGACCAGUGUUGCCAGCUCAGAGUGCAGCGAGGAGCUCUUUUCCUCUGUGUCUGUGGGGGAUCAGGAUGACUGCUACUCUCUUCUGGAUGACCAAGAACUAACAUCACUGGAUUUGUUUCCUGAAGGCAGCGUUUGCAGCGACGUCUCCUCCUCUAUCAGCACAUAUUGGGACUGGUCUGACAGUGAAUUUGAGUGGCAGUUACCAGGAAGUGACAUUGCCAGUGGCAGUGAUGUUCUCUCUGACAUAAUUCCAAGUGUGCCAAGUUCACCGUGUUUGUUUUCCAAGAGGAAGCCAAAGCCCCACCCUCAUCGCAACCUGGAUGAACUGCCUUGGAGUGCCAUGACCAACGAUGAACAAGUAGAGUACAUUGAGUACCUGAGCCGGAAGGUCAGCACUGAGAUGGGCCUGAGAGAGCAGCUCGAUAUCAUCAAGAUCAUUGAUCCCUGUGCUCAGAUCUCUCCCACUGACAGCGAGUUCAUCAUCGAGCUCAACUGCCUCACUGAUGAGAAGCUCAAACAGGUGCGUAACUACAUCAGGGAGCACAGCCCCAGACAACGAGCCAGUAGCAUCAGGGAGGGCUGGAAGAGGAGCAGCCACAGCAGCGCCAGUACAGGCGGUGUCAGUGGAGCCAGCAGCAGUAAUGCCAGCAUGGUCAGCUCUGCCAGCUCCUCUACUGGGUCUACAGCUUCCAACUCUGUAGCAGGGGGUACAGCCUCCGCCUGUAGUGGGAGCAGUGUAGCCAACAUUAGCAGAGCUCACAGCGAUGGCAAUCUUUCCAGUGCUGCGGAACGCAUACGAGACUCUAAAAAACGUUCGAAGCAGCGGAAGCUUCAGCAGAAAGCCCUCCGCAAGCGACAGCUCAAAGAGCAGCGGCAGGCCCGCAAGGAGCGGCUGAGCGGCCUGUUUCUGAAUGAGGAGGUGCUGUCGCUACGGGUGACUGAGGAGGACGAUCACGGAGACGACCUGGACAUACUGAUGUGACACCAGUGAAUCAAUCAGUGCUCCCUCUACGCCUGCUUUCACUCCACCUAGCAACUAGCAUAGAGCUUAUAGACUGCGCUAAUCCACAUCACCGCAUGCGUUAGCUCUGCAUAUGCUAAUAUGCUUAGAAUGCUUUUUGUGAGGGCAGUGCGAUGGCCAGUAAUAGCUUCUUGCAGCGUUUAACUUAGCUUGACAUAUUGUUUGCUUAUACUCGUGUGACUUGCCAGUGUGUAAAUUGCUACGUGCUGCAAUCACUGCUGCUCCAGUCAAAGGUAGUAAUGAUAAAACGCUGCUAAUGCUUUAAUAGCUUCAGUCUAGCCUGCUAACAGCCAGAGGCUAAUGCUGCAGCCCCGUAGAAGUUUGCUGAUACAAAUGAAUACACACUACUAAUGAUGUUUAUGGCAUCUUAAUGCAGUUAAUAAGAGGUUUGCUUAUAGAUGCUGUAAGAGCAUAUGUUCAUUACUACUAAUAUAACCGCCACAGACAGAAGGACAGAUCAGACGAGGGAGGCGGAGUUUGGUUACAUUCUGUGUCACUGGGAGAGAUGGCAAAGGCUUUAUUGCUUAUACCACCACAGAGGGAACUAGGUACAAGCUGAUGGUUUGGCAGUGAUUUGAUAAUCUGCAGGAUGAAUUAGCCUCAUCAAAUUUAAAGUGCUCACACUGUAGUCUUUUACAGACUCCUAAUUUUAGUUUGAUUUUCAACUAGAAAAAGCUUUAAUGUUCAAAAACACGAUUUUCCUCAUACAGCAGCACCUCUCACCCUCUGAAAUGCUGUUUUUAGAUCCUGACUCUUUAAGGCGCCCCCUGUGGCAUUUCUCACAUUACCAUUUAGACUGAAGGUCGACAGGCUGGCGACCUGUCCAGGGUGUACCCCACUUCUCACCCUAUGACUCUGAUAGGCUCUAGCCCCCCUGUGACCCUGAAAAGGAUAAGUGUAAGAAAAUGGGUGGAUGGAAAGUUUGGCAUUACAUAGUGAACCAGAUAUGUAACUGGAGUAAAGCUUGGACUGUAAACCGAGCAGCAGCGUCUCUGUGACAGAGUAUCUAAAUUUUUUGUGGACUUUGGGCUUCCUAAGUUUGCUUACAUUCUACAUGCACACCAAGACAGAUAACAGGCUAAAGGAUACAGAGAAACCCUUCGAUAAUCUGGGCACUUCAACGUGACUGUAAGUUUACUGUAAAUAUAGUCACACUCAUACUGAAACUGCACAUCGAUAAGCUGAUUGUGUUAACUUCAGGAGAAAACGAUGAUGUCAGUGUGAUACCUGGCGCGAGCUGGUCUGUCCUCCUCUCUGCUGAGCUUUGUGGUCCCAUUUCACUUUUAAGGCUUAGAGGGAGCACUGAAACACUGCAUGUUUCACUCGUCACCCACACUGAAUCCCUGUGUGGACCAGUAACUAACAACUUGCAUCACUGUUUGCAGACACUUGUUAAAAUAGCUUAUGUGUGUUGUAAAUAAGCGAUCAAUACCAUCAUAUUUACUGCUUGUUUUCAAAAUUUUCUUGGUGAUAAAGGUUUAAGGGUUUUUUGUUUUUUUUUGUUUUUUUUUCUUUUGGGUGUGUAUAUAAAUGAUGAACAUAGCAAACUAACCGGUCAUUGUAGCUUAAAUGCGUUUCCUUCUAAUAUUUUGAAUCAUAUUUUGAUGUGUUCAGUUGUGUUUUCAUCACUUGUAUUUGGUCUUUUUUUUUUUUUUUUUUUUUUGUCUUGAACUCCUGCUUGAAUGAUUUGACGCCCCAUCAUAGGUUUCAGUGAUUUGAGCAUUGUGGACGUUUUAUAGGUUUUUAAAGAUCACACUUUGCUCAGUGGCUUUCGGCACUAUACACUUCUAUACUUCAGCUUCUUAUUUGAAUCAUCAGCUCAGUUUCCAGAGAUGGGCUCACUUGGCUCUGAAGAUGAUUCAGAUCCACAACAAAGUGCUGAUGAAACAGGACAGCUUUCUGCGGAGCUGCCGUGAUGUUUUCUUAUUUGCUCACUUUCUUUCUUUGUGGGUUUUUUUUGUGGUGUUUUUCUUGUUUUGUUUUGGUUUUUUUUUCUUUUCUUUUUAACUUUAGGAAACACUUUUUUUCCACAGCUUCUCGGCUGUAACGUGAUGAACCACUACAGUUAUUGGCCUCAGAGCUGACUGUCGUUUCUAAUACUUCAUGUGGACUGAGCUGUAGCUCUUGUUUCAGUCUAGUGUAUAAAAUAAUUAUUUACAGCAGUUAUGUUGGGGGGGGGAACAGCUUUGUGUAUUCUGUAGCAAUUAAUUAGUAAAACUCUAUUUUGAAAAAUGACAUAAUUUUGAAAAAAAAUAAGUGUGAUGCAACAGAGACGUCUGCAGGUAAGAUGCCGUAAAGUGCUGAAAAUGCACGGUGUUAAACAUACUUUUAUAAAAGCUGGGUCUGUGUACAAAGGAUGUUUUGAAAGGGAAUCCCACUGCAGUGUUAUUGAGGUAAAAACAAACAGUGGUGUUACAUGCAUUAACUCCUUACAGAGGAUUAUGAAAGCAGUGUUGCCUGGCCUUGUUGCUGAGUGACAGGAAGGGCUGCAGGGAGACUGUGCAAGUCCACUCAGUGGUUCCUGUACCUUGUGAACUUGGGAAAUAAACAUUAAGUGUUGCAUCCUAAA